AUGCGGGCGACCCGCAGUUUCAAGGUCAAAGUUGAUCAAAAACCGGAGGGUAUAACAGAUGAACGUGCCAUCGUCGGUUACUUCCCCGCUUUCGACCGCACAGUGCCAGCCUUCUUCAAUUUUAUGAAGCUUUCUUUCCUCCUGAGCGAAUGCAGUCUCCACGCCAUUCCUUCUGGAGUUUGUCCCGGUAUCUUGCGCUUCGUCGACGUCUGUAUUAAUGGAAAAAAAAUCUAUGCCACUAACGGAGCAAUAGGUCGGGCGAAGGAAGGUACGCAGGGCCAACCGCCAGCCGCCGCGAGCGAAGAAGGUGGAAACGCUCAGAAGGCACAAGAACGACGUGACACAUCUCGUGGAGGCGCUCGCGAGGGCGAGAACAAUUCAAACAGCCUCCAGCAGUCGAUCGGUACAAUCGAUCGAUGUGCCUGCAUCAGGCACGAUUAUAACACGCGUCUGGCGGUCAGAGACACUCAACACCAGCAGGAGAAUAGACACUACGCUCUGCUGAUGAAAGCGAGAAUAUUUUCGAAGUCGGCUCCGCAACAACUUCGACGACAGAGAACAUAG